AUGGGUGUGACAUUGGAUGAUACGUUGGCCAAUAUGAGAGACAGUGUAUAUACUUUUCGUGCACAUAAAGGAAUAUAUCACAUAAUUGACCAAUUAGUUCCCAGAGAUGGAACACCUAGGUACUUACAGCUAUAUUUUUUUGAUCCUGACACUGAGUUAGAUCUUAGACUCCAAUGGCCAAAUCUUGAUCGAAAUAUUACACAAACGUUGGCACGUGUUCUUUCCAGCAACCCUUAUGUCGAGACAUUUCGAAGUCUUGCGGAGCUAGGUCCUCUAGACAACUAUAAAGUCACUCUGAACGCUUCAGUUGAACUUGACCAGAGGGUGUACAACCGACCAACCACAUCUGAGCCGUACUAUGGAUGUUACGAUCCAUUAUCGUAUCCUUUAUUCUUCCCUAAUGGUGAGGCGGGUUGGCAUCCUAACAUACCACGUAAUGGAGUAUCAAUCAAUAACAUUCAUAAUGAUUACGAUGACAUCGACGAAGACGCUGAAGUGGCUAACCCACGAGGGGGUAGGACAACCGUAGCUAUGCGAGAAUACUACUGUUACAAGUUUCAAAUUCGCAGUACGGAGAACGUGCUUUUGCUUGGCGGUAGAUUGCUACAGCAAUUUGUUGUAGAUGUCUAUAUAAAGCUUGAGACAUCACGUUUACAAUUUUGUGAACGAAACCAAAUUAAGAUACGAGCUGAAUUAUAUCAAGGUCUUGUGGAUUGCGUCCAUGCAGGUGAGGUGCGUCCUAGCAGAGUCGGUCAACGUAUUGUAUUGCCUGCGUCAUUCAUUGGAGGGCCUCGCGACAUGCGUCGACGGUUUCUAGAUGCUAUGACUUUAGUGCAAGAUGAUGGCAAACCUGAUUUAUUCCUUACGAUGACGUGUAAUCCUCAAUGGCCUGAGAUAUGUGAUAAUUUGAAACCUAGUCAAACCGCACAAGAUCGUCCAGAUCUUGUUUCACGAAUAUUUCGUGCUAAAUUAGAGGAUCUUAAAGAGCAGCUCUUCAAGAAACAUUUACUUGGAGAGGUUCUGGCAUACGUUUAUGUCAUUGAGUUUCAAAAGCGUGGUUUGCCGCAUGCACAUUUCCUCCUUAUCAUGCACCCGCCAUACAAGAUUAAUAAUCCAGACCAUUAUGAUAAGGUUGUUUGUGCUGAAAUUCCUGACAAAGAACGACAUCCACAACUACAUGAGGUUGUUGUCAAGAACAUGAUUCAUGGUCCAUGCGGAAAUUUACGAACAGAGAGUCCUUGUAUGCAGGGUGAUCCAAAGGUGUGUCGCUUUCAUUAUCCUAGACAGUUUAAUGAGCAGACAACACAAGGAGAAGAUGCAUAUCCAUUAUACCGAAGGAGAGACACUGGAAUAACGGUGGACGUACGAGGACAAACUCUUGAUAACAGAUGGGUUGUCCCUUAUAACCCAAGGCUUUUAAUGAUGUAUAAUUGCCACAUGAAUGUCGAGGUUUGCUCGAGUAUAAAAUCUGUUAAAUAUCUGUUCAAAUAUGUAUACAAAGGACAUGACAAACAGGUUAUUCAUGUUGAUCCAGACGCACCUGAUGUUAUUAUUAAUGAGAUAAAGAGAUUUCAGGAUGCACGCUACGUAUCCCCCCCGGAGGCUAUGUGGCGUAUUUUUUCUUUCCCUCUUUCUAAUAUCUAUCCUGCUGUUUUAGCCUUACAACUUCAUCUCCCGAAUAAGCAGAUGGUUAGAUUUAGAGAAGAUGAUUCUAUGUUGGCAAUUGUUGAUAGGGAAAGAGAUAAAAGAACCAUGCUGAUUGCAUUUUUUGAGUAUAACCAUGGGAAUGAACCGGCAAGGCAAUAUUUGUAUAAGGAUUUCCCGAAACACUUCACAUGGAACGCAUCCUCGCGUCGUUGGUGUCCUCGUGCUACUAGGCCACAAAGAGGUCGUAUUGUUAAUGCCAAUCCAGCCGAAGGGGAAAGGUACUACUUACGCCUACUCUUGUGUAAUGUCAGAGGACCUACUUCUUUUGAAGAUCUUUGCACGGUUAAUGGUAUUAAAUACACGUCAUUCAGAAGAGCAGCUCUUGAGGUAGGCUUGAUAGAGAAUGAUAAUAGUCUAUCGCAAUGUCUCACAGAAGCGUCUCUAUUUCAGUUUCCCAAUGCUCUUAGAAGGUUAUUCGCAACAAUAAUGAUUUUCUGCGAACCUGGUGAUAUUCGUAAGCUGUGGAAUGAUCACUUUGAUGCACUAUCUGAAGAUCACAGGUUACAAUGUGAAAGUUUGGAACGCGUUCAAAAUAUGGUUCUUACUGACAUCAGUGUCAUCCUACAAUCUAUGGGUAAAAAUAUUGAUGAUUUCGAUCUUCCGAAAAUAACAGAACACAACUUACAACAUCCAGUUCAGCGUGAGGUGCAAGAGGAGUAUGGGAUAGUUGUGGAACCUGAACACUUAUCUGCCAUAGAUGAACUUAAUUCAGACCAAAGAAGAGUGUUUGAUGAGAUCAUGGCACAUGUGGAUAAUAAUCGUCCAGGUGUGUUCUUUAUAGAUGGUCCGGGUGGAACGGGAAAAACAUUUCUGUACAAAGCUUUGCUUGCUCAAGUACGUUCACGUGGUCUUAUUGCUCUUGCGACAACUUCAUCAGGUGCCGCCGCUAAUAAUAUGCCAGGUGGGAGAACGGCUCAUUCGAGAUUCAAGAUUCCCAUUUGUGUCGAUAACAAUUCGAUGUGCAACAUAAAAAAACAAAGUGGGGUAGCUGAACUAAUUAGGUCCUCAAGGUUAAUCAUAUGGGAUGAGGCAUCAAUGGCAAAACGUCAGGCGAUAGAGGCAGUCGAUCGAACAUUGAAAGACAUUAUAGGUGUUAAUCUCCCAUUUGGUGGAAAGAUAAUGGUUAUGGGGGGAGAUUUUAGACAAGUGUUGCCGGUUGUUAAACGCGGAACUAGAGCACAGAUUGUAGACUCCAGCCUGCGGAUGUCACCUCUUUGGCAUUUGACUAAAAAGAUGCGGUUGACGAUAAACAUGAGAGCGCUAAAUGAUCCGUGGUAUUCUGAUUUUCUUUUAAGAGUCGGUGAUGGGUCUGAAGAAUCGAUCGAAGGAAGCUAUAUUCGCAUACCAGACGACAUGACAAUUCCUUUCAGUAAUCCAGAAAACUCUAUAAAAGAAUUGAUCAAUGCAGUCUUUCCGUCAAUUCAAAGGGAUGAAAAGGUUUACUAUAGUUUCGAUGAAGUCGAAGACGAUCCCCACAACUUCUAUCCGGUCGAGUUCUUAAACUCACUAACUGUUAGUGGUUUGCCGCCUCAUAAGCUUCGUUUAAAAAUCGGUUGCCCUAUAAUAUUGUUGCGGAAUAUCGAUCCAUCACAUGGUUUAUGUAAUGGUACAAGAUUGAUAUGUAAAGGCUUCCAGCGUAAUAUUAUUGAUGCAGAGAUAGCUGUCGGGCAACAUGCCGGAAAAAGAGUAUUUUUGCCAAGAAUCCCUUUGUGUCUUUCUGAAGACGACAUGUUCCCGUUCAAGCUAAAAAGAAAACAAUUCCCCAUUCGACUUAGCUUUUCCAUGACAAUCAACAAAGCUCAAGGUCAAACAAUUCCGCAUGUUGGUGUUUAUCUUCCGGAUUCAGUAUUUUCGCAUGGACAACUUUAUGUCGCUUUAUCAAGAGGGAUAUCACGUGCUAAUACAAAGGUAUUAGUACAUCCUGCCAAAGACUUCAGACGAGAAGGGUAUACACCUCAAAUGUUGUCUAUCGAGAGGUGUUACAUGACGAAUGAAAUACUUGUGAGUGAGAAUAUUGAUUAA